CUUCCCUGGCGUAGCGAAGCGGGACGGCGGAGGCUGAGACGAUCCUCGGUUAGCGCGCUCGGCGUCUUUCCGAGGCUGCUUCCAAUCUGGAGGACGUAAAGAAGACGACAGCCGGGAGUAAAGAAAGUGCUUCAUACGGCAAGAAUGUUGCCCCUCACAGACUUGUUGCUAGAGAAACUGGCUGUGGAGAAAACCUGGUUCCGAACCAUGGUUAUCUCCAGCCUGCUGCUGUGCUUGCUGGCCCUCCUCAUCCAACAAUGUUUGAAAGUCUUUGACAUCUGCUACCGUUAUUAUGUCAACUGCCAGAGACUCCGCAGCUUCCCACAGCCGCCUCGCUUCAAUUGGCUCGUAGGCCACUUGGGAAUGAUUACACCCACUGAAGAAGGUAUGGCCAAAUUGGUCCAGAUUGUAAGCGCCUUGUCCCCGACAUUUAUCGUGUGGAUGGGACCCUUCUUGCCAGUCUUCUCAUUGGUUCAUCCUGAUUAUAUCAAGCAAGUCCUAACAGCAUCAGGUACUGUGGUGGUGAGUGGUGAGGAAACUGGGAAUAGAUUGGGGGGAGGGUUUCCACAAUUAAUUGGCAAAGACUCUGUAGAGCCUUGUGGGCACUGACUGCGUGUCCAGGUUGGAUUCACAUUGCAAAAGACCUGGUUUAUUUAAAGGUGGAUGGAAUCGCAAGUAGAUAAAGCCAUAUAAUUAGGCCAUAAGCAAAGGUUGGCAAUUCUCUGUAGCAGGGAUCACUGAACCCAAAGCAAAGCCAUGGACAGGCUCACUGCAGAGAGGCUCAGAUUAGGAGCUCCACCCCAAGGCCAAAUCUAGGCUUUGUGAUUUCUCUAAGGAUAUAAUACUUGGGGGGGGGGGGAAGCAGCUUGUCAAGGAAAUUCAGCCUUUUGACCAAUUUAUUUGUAUUGGAUUUACCUAUGUGUUAAGAUUAUUUAUUUGAAGAUGCUAAAAUACAGGUUUUUAAUGAAAAAAGUAUUGGGAACCUUAAUUUUAAGAUUGUUGUGAUUUUUUUUUCAUAAUUUGGAUUUGUGUUAAUCUGUCUACAUACUAUUAAAACACUCAUUUCUGUAACAUUUAACUGGGUGAAACAGCACAUCAUAGAGCCAUAAUUUUUGAACCAAGGGUCCUCAAAUGGACUAGCUUACAGAAAGUAUCCAAAAUCCCAGGUCUCCCGUAGAACUGAAAUUUGGCAAACUUUAUAAAACAUUUUAUGAUGUAAACAUUAUCAUAAAGCAGUUUAUGACAUAGUGCAGAUGUCAUAAAACAUUUCCUGUGGUUUAACUCCUGAUGGUUGACUAUGCUAUGCAGCUCAACAUGGGCUACUUUCAAGGGAUAGUAUGACGAUUCCUGGGGUUGGAUUGGAAGAGUUCUAAGAACUCAAGAAUUCUAUGGAUUGAAAUUGUUCCUUUAUGACUGUUGAUUUCAACUGGCAUCACAAUGGAUUGUAUUUGAGAUCCCCCCCCCCGAAAUAUCCAAUAUUAUAAUAUAUAGCACAUAUAUGAUACACAGAAUAUUACUCAAUAUAAAAUGUUUCAUAUAUAUUGUAAGCCACAAAACCACUCUGUAAAGUCAGGAAUGCCCAACACUGAUCCUAAAACCUCUCAAUGUGCCACUAAAUCACACAUAUCUCACAUGUCUCUGAUAUGUUAAGUA